CGACGUGGCACUUUUGCCCAUGGCCGACAGUUCUCACACAAAUCAAAAUGUCUUCGGCACCUACUGAAGAGAUGUCAACUUGGCAAUCGGCAGCCACAAGAAAGCGAGAGUCUGUCAACAGUCUCAUCCCACCAGAAUGGGUCCUCCCUGUUGCUUUACCAUCGCCUCAAGUGCAGAGAGAUGUGACAGAUGAAUACAUCCGUCAAUUUCUAUCUGAAUCGGAAGUUGAGUAUACCGAAGCUGAAGCAUCGGUGAUACUACGACAUGUCCAUGCCGGAAAGUGGACAUCACGCAAGGUGCUUGAGGCCUUUUGCCAUCGAGCGGCGCUUGCCCAUCAAAUGACCAAUUGCCUGCACGAGAUCUUCUUCGAAGCUGCCUUGAAUGAUGCUCAAAGGCUUGACGAUAUCUUCCUCAAGACUGGGAAGCCUGUAGGCCCUCUACAUGGUCUCCCUAUCAGUCUCAAAGACCAGCUGCAUGUCAAAGGCGUGGAAACAACCAUGGGCUAUGUCGGCUGGAUCGGAACAUUUGAGGGGAAGGAAGGCACAGGCAAGGAGAAAGUUCACGAAAGCGAACUUGUGCGUGAACUGAGAGAACUUGGGGCUCUGUUGUACUGCAAAACGAGUGUCCCCCAUACACUCAUGGUUGGCGAAACGAUCAACAACAUCAUCGGAUACACGCCGAAUCCAAAGAACAGGCUGCUGUCGUCAGGGGGCAGCUCCGGUGGAGAAGGAGCUCUAAUCGCACUCCGUGGAAGCCCCCUAGGGGUCGGGACAGACAUUGGAGGCAGCAUUCGAAUUCCUUCGGCUUUCAAUGGCCUUUGCGGAUUGAAACCUUCGAGCGGAAGGAUCCCGUACGAAGGGAUGGCGAAUAGCAUGGAUGGCCAGAGUUCAUUGUUGAGUGUUGUUGGCCCCCUGGCUACGACGGUUGAAUCGCUCAAGAUCUUUGUCCAAGCAGUGCUUGGCACAAAGCCAUGGCUUCAUGAUCCGCUGGCAUUGGAGUUACCGUGGCGAGAGCCAGUUUUUCAGCAAGCUCUCAACAGCGACAGGCCAAUGGCAUUUGGGCUCCUCCUGAACGACGGUCAGGUUUCAGUUCAUCCACCGGUUUCCCGUGCGCUGAACUUGGUUGUUGAUGCCCUCAAGAGGUUGAAUCAUAAGGUUAUCGAGUGGAAGCCACCCUCUCACAAACGCGGAGCCGACAUAGUGGACGACAUUUGGACGUUUGAUGGGGGUCACGAUGUGCACAAGGCUUUCUCGCUUUCGGGUGAGCCUAUUUCAGACCAAAUUGCUCGGACUUAUGGCCGGGAACCAAGUGCCGAAAAGACAGCAUCUCACAUCGCAGCGACGAAUGUGGCAAAGCGCGCUUACCAGAAAGAAUACAUGGAAUACUGGAACUCCACGUCCCGACUGACGGGGACAGAUAAGCCUGUGGUAGCCUUGAUCACUCCGGUGGCGCCCUUUGCGGCAGCAAUACCUGGAAAAUAUGACUAUUACGGUUACACCACAUUCACAAAUGCGCUCGACUACUCUGCUGUAGUGAUUCCAGUCACAGCUUCCAACAAAGAUGUUGAUGUCUUUAAUACGGAAUAUGUCCCACUCAACGACCUUGACGAGCGGGUGUGGAGAAGCUAUGAUGCCGAGCUCUACCACGGCGCUCCGGUAGGUGUUCAGGUAGUUUGUAGACGCCUGGAGGAGGAGAAGGUUCUUGGCCUGGCAACGAUGAUUUCGAGAGAACUGUCAACAUCUUCCUGAACAAUAUUAGUAUAAUGAGAAACG